GUACAGAUAAAAGAUUUGAUAAUAUUGUAAAUAAAUAUUUGAAAAUCACAAUAUUCAUCAAAACAAUAUAUGAUUUCUGCUUGUUUAAGGUAUCAACAUUUUAAGCAUUUAUUAGCAGCAGAAGCGAGCAGCUAAUAGCUGCAAUAAGUACACUAAGGAAAUACAAAUUGUAAAUCAUCAUGAAUAGUGUAAAAAGUGUUUUAUUUAAAUUAAUAUCAAAUGAAAACAACUAUUGUUGUUUAUGUACUAACACUGUAGACAUAACACAAGUCUAUUUUAUUAGCGAUCAAGUAUAUUUGAGUGACAAUGUAACAGAUGUAUUACAAAUACUAAAUGAUGUUGUGGGUGAUAGGUUUGUGGAAAGCAUAGCAUCAGAUUUUAUUUGUGAAAAAUGCACAGAAUCGGCAAUUAUCUGUUAUAAAUUCAUAAAAACCUGCCAAAAUAACAUACACCAUAUUGAAAGUGCCAUAAACAGCCUGAAUGAGUGUUUUGCGGUAAAAACAGUAUUACAGAUGGAUAAAGACAUGAUUGCAGUUUUGAAUUUGAAUGAUUUUACAACAAAGCAGUAUUAUGAUCGGGAGAUUAAAGAUAAAUUGUUAGUAUUCCAACAUAUGCAGACUGUUUCCAACCAUACCAGUAGUAAAUUAAAAUGUUUUUCUAAUAAUGAAACCGAAAUAGAGAAUUAUGUAGAAAACAUAAUUGAAGAUAUAAAUUAUACAAGUAAAAGCGAGGGAAGUAAUAAAAGUCAUCCUAUAUCAAUAAAAGGCAUGAUGUGUGAAAAUAAUGCAUCAAUAUAUAAAUGUAAAGAAUGUUCCAAAACUUUUUUAAGGUCUCAUAAUUUGAAGCAACAUUAUAUGAGGGCACAUGCCCCUAAAACAUACAAAUGUAACAACUGCCACAAAUAUUUUGGUUCAGUAACAAUUUUAAAUCAGCAUAUGAAUGAAAGUCACUAUAAUAGAAUAUGUACUCAAUGUGGUAAAACAUUUAAUAAUAUAACCUCAUUAAAAGUUCAUGAAGUGAGCCACACAUUAAAGUUUGAAUGUCAUAAUUGUGGCAAAUGCUAUAAGAGUAUGCAUACUUUUAAAAAUCACAUGAAAUUAAAAGUGUGCAAAAAGCUAAACAGGAAACUAACAGAACCAAAACUAAUAUGUGACUUUUGCAGUAAAAAAUAUAGUAACAAACAGACAUUGGUGGUUCAUAUAAAAAUUGAACAUGAAAAAGGAAAGGCACAUGUGUGCUCCUGGUGUGAUAAAAGAUUUUCUGCAGAAAGUAGAUUGAAGGCCCAUACUGUAACACAUACUGGAGAGAAAAAUUACAGUUGUGAUUUAUGUCACAGAAGGUUUGUAACAAAAGAAUCUUUAUUAAUUCACACAAGAACACAUACUGGGGAGAAACCAUAUGAAUGUGAGAAAUGUAAGCAAAGGUUUAUAACAUCAUCUAGAAGAGCAGAACAUGUAAGAAGGGAACACACGGAAUCAAUGCAGGAGUGUGAUAUUUGCAAUAGUAAAUUUAAGACACGGGCUUGCCUCUUACAGCAUAGAAAGAGGCAUAUUAACCCAAAUAGUAGGUUCUAUUUGAAAUUACAUAAUUGAGAGUGCAACUAAGAAUAAAUCAUGGAUACAUUAAGUACAACUGGUAUACACAA